AUGCAAGAUUCACGGUACACAUCUCUCUCCACGACAGAAGACUACCAGCCUCAAUCAGGUGUCUUCCACAAGCCGUCUCGUUGGGAGGUCCACAGGAAGCGUACGUAUUUGCUUCUAGCAGCUGCCGGACUUUUGUACAUCUACCCGUUCAUCCAUACGGUGCAGAGCUUGCUCCUUUCGGACUCAGCACCAAGUGCCUUUGCUCAAGUCGACGUCUUACGCACCACUUGGAAGGAAUUCCAUUGGAACACGGAGUACAGUCCCCAGAACCACAGCGACGCCGACCAACUGUGGGCGGCUAUCAACCCUGCCCAUGGCAUCAUUGCAGUGGAUCGUCAAUGGGCCGCGCAAAACCAUUGGCCUCAAUCGAUGACUAUGCCGGAUGACGACUCAAAAGGGGUCUAUUUGUUGGAGGCGUACCAUCAGCUUCACUGCCUUGUGAGUCUCCGAUUUCCUAAUUCCAAUGUUGUCUUUUUCCAUCGAGACGUUUGGUGUUUGGUGGAGCUAAUGAUGUUCCCCUGCGGGGUUGGGCAGCAAAUGCUCCGUUUGACCUUCUGGGAAGCUGUCGAAAGACGACCCUAUACUCAUCAUCCAUCGAAUCACAUGGAACAUUGCUUUGAUUAUCUGCGUCAGAUUGUUCAGUGUAACGCCGACAACACUCCACUGUUCACGUUUGGGGAGUUCCGGGCUGGUGAUGGGCAGCUUCAUCGAUGCCGGGACUGGGAUCAGCUGCAUGACUAUGCUACUGAGAAAUCUGCCUGUUACCGAGAUAGCGUAGCGGGUAUCCCGCUUAAGGAGCAUUUUGGGUAUUGUGAAAGCGCGGGGAUGGAUGGGUUGGAGGCUAACGCGUUCCAUGGUUGA